AUGGGGAGUCUUGCCAUGGUACGAGUUGAGGAGCGACCAUUGGCUAGAGAUAUUCAGAGGCUGGCUAUUAGCCUUGUCCGAUUGCAGAUUUUAGAAGAUGGUGGUUUAGCUCCCACCGUAGGUGGUUAUGAUUCUAUAUGGGUGGUUGUUGACAGACUGACAAAAUCUGCCCAUUUUAUUCUAGUUAAGGUAAGGUACACAGCAGAUAAGCUAGCCCAGUUGUAUAUUAGCUAUAUCAUUCGGCUUCAUGGUGUCCCAGUAUCCAUUGUUUCGGAUCGAGGUUCAUAUGUUCUGGAUGAGUCCCAUGUGUUAUCACUCGAUUCAUUGGAGUUGAGUCCAGACCUGAUAUUUGAGAAGGAGCCCAUAGCUAUUCUAGAUAGGCAGAUUCGGGAGAGACAGUUUGAGGAUGAGAAGUUAUGUAUCAUUCAAGACAAGGUGUUAAGAGGUGAAGCUAAGGAGGCGGUACUUGAUUCAGAAAGAGUAUUGAGGAUUGGCGGUAGAAUUUGUGUGCCUAAGAGAGAGACCAAGGAGGUUAUGAUUGAUGAGGAAGGCGUCCUGAGGAUUAAAAGUUGGUGUUCGAAUUAUCAACAAGUAAAGUAUGAGCAGCAAAGACCUGGAGGGACAAUUCAGAGAAUGCCUACUCCUGAAUGGAAGUGGGAAAGGAUUGCAAUGGACUUUAUGGUUGUUCUUCCAAAGACAUUGGAGAAGUUAGCCAAACUUUAUAUUCUCGAGAUUGUUCGAUUGCAUGGAGUUUCGAUUUCCAUUAUAUCAGAUAGAGAUAGGCAAUUUACUUCUAACUUGUAG